GUCACGAUUCCGGAUGUGGAUGUUCAACAGCAGAUCUCGAAGCUUUUGCACUAUCGAAAAAAAGGCCGUGGCCGUGGACGCUGCUUGCUGAAAGCAUUCCAACAGCUAGGGCUUCCGAAAUGGGCUAGAUUGGAGCCUUCUACACUGUUGCCAGAUGUGGGGUCCUUCGAGCAGCAGCAGUCUCCAUUCAGUUGCAUCUUUUAUGUGGCUGGUGAACACGGCCGUGUGUUGCACGUGUCUCCGCUUUUGCAAAUCCCUGGAGUCAGCUUGAGUUCUUGGUGCAUCGACUUGCUACAUACGUGGCAUUAUGGACCCAUGUCUACUUAUCUGACAUUUGCUCUUCGUGCUUUGCUGAGCACAGAUAUCUACAAGCCUGGCAAUUCAGCGGUUCUAGACAAAGAAGAAAAUGACAAGCUUUCUUUGAUGGCCCUCAAAGCGGAAUUGUGGAUGUUCUACAAGCACAGACGUGCCACAGACAAGGAGUGGAGCAAGAAAGGUUCUGAGGUGUGGAACCUCACUCUCACGAUGCUUGCAGAGAAAGCCCUGAAGUGCAAAGCAGCGGAGACACACGGUCUACUUCGCUUUGUGGUCAUGACACUUGAGAAAUACAAGACGGUGCUUGAGGGCAAUGAAAAUUCGCACAUGUUUGAUCUACUUCGUCGGGCAGGGUGUGCAGCCGAAGCAUUCGAUCAGAUUAUGAACGAGCACAGCAGAGUGUUUCCGCAGGACGCAUGCGACGCUUUGCAUACACGAUAUCAUCGUUUCAUACAGCUGUGCUCAAGGGCUGGUGUGCCUUUCCUACCAAAGGGCCACCUCAUGUACCACCUUGCUUCUCAGGCCAGGGUUAAAGGGAAUCCCAGGAUGUAUUCUACUUAUGUGGAUGAGUCCUAUAACGGGGCCAUUGCUAAAGUCUGUCGUUCAGUUCAUCGUCGACAUUGGGCAAUGGCCGUCUACCGCAAGUUGCAAAUGCUGGAAGCUUUGGCUACUUCAUCUGCUGACGACUGA